CGUCAGGUGACAUUGACAUUAUUUUGACAGUUUAAUAAUUAAAUUGUAGUUUGUUGUUAAUUAUUAAAAAUUGCAAUUGCAUCGUAACAAUAAUAUUGUGGAACAUUUAUAUUGAACAAACUGGGAGCGAUGGACGAGUUUGAAGCCUUUGAGCAAGAAAACGGCUUCUGGAAUCCACUGAAUUCAGUCAUUUACAUCCUUGAAAAUUAUGGCUGGUAUAUGCUAAUUGCUUGUAUAGCUCUAGUAGUGGUAUACCAGAAAACUUUAAAAUCUUACAUCCAAAAACUUAGGGAAUACAAAUUUGAGAGAGACUAUGCGGCUAAAUACCACAAGAAUCCCGAUGUUUUUGCUGCACAUGUCAGUGCCCAACAACAGUGGGCCCAGAAACUCCAAGAAAAAUAUAACAAAGAAUCUGAAGAAUAUCAAAGAAAAAUGAAAGAAAAGGAGGAGAAAAAGCGAGAGGAGCUUAAAAGGAAGUAUGAGACUUCUGGGGGUCACGUUUUGGGUAGGAAAGAUGAUACGAGUAAUUUGCGACCAGGAUAUAACCCACUGAUGGGCGCUGGAAGUUCGUCCAAUUAUCGCCCACCUAGGAGAAGUCCUUGUGGAGGCGGAGGAUGUGGCAGAUAAGACUAUCACUUUUAAAUAAUUAAACUACACAAUUAUAAAUUAUUUUUUUAAUAUUACACUAUUGUUGGGCUUUACUUAAUUAAUUAAUUACGAAUCUAUACUAGAAUUAAUAAUUUAAUAACAUAACUGAAACUACAAAACGGACAGAUUAUCAAUUUAUUUGGUUAUAUCAUAAUUGUAAUAAUAAACAUUUUUAGAAUAUAGCAACAAUAAGGAAAUAAAA